AUCUGUCCGGUGAUUUCGUGGCCACCGCUCGUGUCCUGCGUCCUGGAUAAGGGGUUCUUCUGAAAAUAACAAAUAAUUACUCAAAAUAAUAGACGCCAAAGCUUUCGCCAGCGACUGCGCAGCAGGCGUCGCAGUCGCAGUCGCUGUCGACGUCGCAGUCAAAACUGAACAGAACUGAAAGAGAAUUGAAUCGGUUUCGCAAUACAUACACAAACAAUAGGCGCUGGGAAGUAGACGACGGCGAAUCCUUGGCGGCUCAGCAUUUCCACCGAAUUCGCGUCGAGGAAAAGCGGAAAAUCGGAAAAGCGGAGCGGAGUCAGCAGUCAGCGGCCAUUUCGUAUUGAUUUUCAAGUGUGGUAAGCGGCAGCGCCAAGAAAAACGUUGAAAAAGACUCGGGAAAAACACGGUUAAAGCCCACCAAAUGGCAGUGAAAAGGCCGAAAGCAAAUGUCAAUGGCCAAGCGAUAUAAGGAAAAAAAAAGCCAAAGGGGGGGUGGUGGUUGUUGAAGGAAGUGACAAAAAAGAGCCAGUGCAAAAAAGUGGCUACUAAAGUGCAAAGUAAUCGUGUGUGAAAAGUGUACACCCAAAAGUGCUGACCAAAAAUAGUGUAGGAAAGCCCAAAUUGUGCGUUAAAUAUAGCGCGCUUAAAAAUAAAUCCGGGCAGACACGGAAAAGCCCCAAACCUCAAGUCCAGAAAAGCCUAGAGGCGAGAGGCGGUAGGAGGUAGGCAUGAGGAAGUGGAAGCCCAAAGAAGCGGAAGAGGAAGAAGCGGCCGGCAUACACACACAACCACAAGGGGGGUGGCAACCCUACACCCAGAAAAAAGGGGGAUGGCUUCGGCUUCGACUUCGACAGCGGCCAAAAGCUCAAGUCACAAAUUUUUGCGCAAGGGCAGGCCGCACUGAGUCGAGUCCGAGAGUCGAGUGCUUUUCCGCCAGGGGGGUGGAUGUCGCUGCCUCAGCCAGCGUUGACGCUGGCGUCGACGAAAUUUCGCAACACUCGCACAACACACACACGGCACAAUACACUCCCCCACAGUUUACAGUUCCAGCGGUCGUUUGUUAGGGGUGGCAUUGCUUGGGUUCCGGGAACACAAUGGGAAUGGCACAGGCAGCGAAGAGGAGAAGACGGUGACUUAAAUACCCUUGCACUGAUAAAGAUCUUGCGAAUAUAUAAUACCCUAAAUAGUGUUGAUAAUUAAUGGAAAGAUCAUGGUAAUAUAUAAAUCCUAACUAGUGAUAAAAAUUAAUGGAAAUGUAAUAAACAAACAAAUAAUGAAUUGUGAUCUUUGGAAACUGUUAAAUAGUUUAAUUAAGUUUAAAGCGGCAAAUACUUGAAAAAUUAAGUAGAAAGUUCGUUAAUAUCCAUUUAGAACUAACUGUGCGGUGCAAUGAAAACCCAACUAUAGUGAAUUUCAAGUGCAACUAUGGAACUAUAUUAUAGCGGCGCCGUUAACAUGGACAAGAUGACGGUGGCCCAGAAGAACGCAUAUCUCGAGGCCCAUAUGGCCGUGCAACAGCAGAUGGCCCAGGCGGCCAUACAGUUCAAACAGCAGCAGUCCUCCCAGCAACAGGGCUCCCCCACCACGGCCAAUAACAAUAAUAACCAACAAAACAAUGGCAACAUGCAGCAGCAGCAACAACAGCAGCAGCAGCAACAGCAGCAGCAGCAGCAACAGCAACAACAGCAGCAGCAGCACUACGCGGCCACAAUCAAGGUGCCGCAGAUCAGUUCCUCGAGCGCAGCGGCAGCGGCGGCGGCCGGUGAGAGCACCUUCACCGUUCCCGACGACGGCAUGGGCUUCGAGGGCGGCGUCCGGGUGCUACAGAGCCUUGGCACCUGGUCGGCGGCCGAGCAGCUCACCUACAAUAUACCCAAGCCGAACCUCAUUCCCUUCACAGAGCCGUACGUCGAGGGAGGCUCGAUGCAUCCCGCCAGCCGGCUGAAGGCGCUGCAACAGGUGCAGCAGGCCUCCUCGGGGGUGCGCAAAACCAAUCCCUCGAAGUCCACAAACAAGGCCUUCGAGUGCACGGUGUGCGGCAAAGGACUCGCCCGCAAGGACAAGCUGACCAUCCACAUGCGCAUCCACACCGGCGAGAAGCCCUAUAUUUGUGAAGUGUGCAAUAAGGCGUUUGCCCGCAGAGACAAGCUGGUGAUCCACAUGAAUAAAUUCAAGCACGUGACACCCACGAACAUCGCUCCGCUGGGAAAGCGGCUGAACAACAUGGUGAAGAAGAAGGAGCAACCGGAUCCUCCGCCGGAGGACAACAAGCAGAGCCUGGAGCUGCAGCUCCAGCAGCAGGCCGUCCAGGUGGCCGCCCAGAACAUCAUUGUGCAGUCCGCUCAAGGGGCGCCGGCGGCGAUUCCCGGGAUUAUCAUACCGCACCAUCAACAGCAGCUCUCCUGGACCUGUGAGCUGUGUGGCCGGAUGUUCUCGAGUCGGGACGAGUGGUCCAUCCAUGCCAAGAGUCAUCUGGAGCCGGAACGGGUAGUCGUAGAGUCAACAAAACCAGCAGCAGUGGCAGCGGCAGCGGCGGCAGGAGUCAUUGCUAAGACCGGCAACAGUAAUCGUAGCUACCAGAUGGACGCCAACCAGAACCAGAUACAAAUAGAGGCCCAAGCACGCAAGCAGAAGAUAAUCAUACAAAACCAGAUGAUACUCAAUGCCAGCCAUCAGCAACAGCAGCAGCAGCAACAGCAGCAGCAGCAACAGCAGCAACAGCAACAGCAGCAGCAGCAGCAACAACAGCAACAACAACAGCAGCAGCAGCAACACGUGGCUCAUGGGAAGAAGGCAGCCAGAAAGCACCUGCAAAAUCUACAGCAGCAACAGCAACAGCAACAGACCAGUGCGCCUAUGUACAAUAACAAUAGUAGUAGCAACCACACCAACAACCACAGCAACCAACAGCAGCCGGGCCAAGAAGUGGCGGUGCCGGUGUCGCACAUCAUUGCCAACUCCCCAACGGCUGCCACCUACAUGCAGGCCCAGCUGAGCGAGCAUGCCGGCAACAUGCAACACGCAGGGAUGCCUAUCGUUACGUAUAACGGCAACCAGUACUGUGUGAUCACUAGGGCCCCCGAUCUUGACGUGGAUGCGAUGCAGAAGCCCCUGGACUACGGCCAGGCCGCCAGUGGAGCCACCAACAUUAUAGUGAUGUCGCCCAUGCAACUCCUGCCUCCGCAGCAGCAGCAGCAGCAGCAGCAACAACAACAGCCACAGCAGCAGCAGCAGCAACAGUAAGCCAAGUCAGGGAGAACGGCUAACUGCUCCCAGCUAUACUAUAAAUACAAAUUGUAAAUAGAGUCUUAAGCAGCCAAGAGCGAAUCCAA